AUGGAACAAACUGGUGUACCUGUUGCCUCAUUCUCAACCAUCACAGCUCCAAUCUUCGAUGGAGACAACUACCAGGCAUGGGCAGUGAAGAUGCAAGCUUUCAUGGAGGGUGCAGACCUAUGGGAAGCUGUGGAAGAGGACUACGAGGUUGCUGAUCUACCCAACAACCCAACUAUCAAUCAAAUCAGGUACCAUAAAGAGAGGGUAACCCGAAAAGCAAAGGCAAAAUCUUGCUUGUUUUCUGCUGUCUCCUCGACCAUAUUUACUAGAAUCAUGAAAAAAGAUUCAGCACAUGAUAUAUGGAAUUAUUUAAAGGAAGAAUAUGAAGGGGAUGAGAGAGUGAAAGGAAUGAAGGUGCUGAACUUGCUAAGGGAGUUUGAAAGGCAGCAGAUGAAGGAGAAUGAGUCUGUGAAAGAGUUUGUUGAUAGGCUAGUUGAUAUAGCCAAUAAGAUAAGGGUGCUAGGGACGGAUGUAGAUAAUAAAAGGCUGGUUCAGAAGGUUUUGGUUGCAGUGCCCGAAAGGUUUGAAGCAACCAUUGCUUCCCUUGAGAACACUAAGGACAUUUCAGACAUCAAACUUGCUGAAGUCCUAAGUGCUCUACAGGCUCAGGAGCAAAGAAGGCUUAUGAGGAAAAAUGAGCCUAUCGAAAGUGCUCUGCAAGCCAAGCUGAAGCUGCAUAGUGCAGAAAAGGGAAGAGGAUGGAACCAAAAUAGAAGACAUGUUGAGGCCAAUCAUAGUCAUAGUCAGGGAGGUUCAAGCAGUGGUGGAUAUGACAGGAAGUGGAAUGCAGUUCCAUGCAAGCAUUGCGGGAAGAAAAAUCAUCCUCAUUUCAAGUGUUGGAAGAGACUAGAUGUGAAGUGCAGGAGGUGUCACAAGAUGGGCCAUGUUGAGGCCAUUUGCAGGGAGAAGCAUCAGCAAUAG